AUGGGACCGAAUGGUGGUGGAAGUGGAGAUGGUGGGAGUUUAGGCUCUUGGGGCGUAAAUGCACCGAAUGAUUGGAAUCAAGGUGGAAGUAGUGGUAGUGGAAAUAUGAUGUCAUUAAUGCAACGGGGUGGGGAUAUGAACAUGAAUAAUGAUGGUGGUGGCUUUGGUGGUAUACCACAAGCAGGUGGCAUGAACGAUGACUACGGUGGCAUGCAACAGAGCAACAAUUAUAUGGGUAUGACAGGAGGUAAUCAAUGUGGUUACAGUGGGAUGUCAUCAAAUAGGGGAAUGAACAAUGGUGGUUUUGGCGGCGGCAGUAGUGAGGGUAGUAGCUUUCCAAAAAAUAAUAAUUUUGGUGGGGAUGGGUUUGAUAAUUGUCCGCAACCUUCAUCAGAUCGCUCACAUAGCGCAAAGGUGUCCCCAUUUAAGCUGUUAACAGGGCUGGACAUGCGUGUAGAAAAUCAGAUAGACUUGAGUGAGUAUAUUGAAAAUGAGGUAAUCAAAGAGCUAGAAACAGAACGUGACCAGUUCGGGGACAACAGGUUUGCUGCGCUGUCCCAAGGUCUCCAACCAAAACGUAAAAAAUCGUAUCAAAAACUGCAAGAUGCUUUUCCUGAUUUACCGCCAAUAAAAAGUGAUGACCCAAAGUAUAUUGUGAUUAAAUCCGAUGAGAAUACUACACCCCUUUCGAAGGUUUAUUGUUUUCGUGUUUACAAUGCCUUACUUACCGUGAGCAAAGAUAUAAACAAAAUUAGUGAAUUACGCGACGGCAGCCUAUUACUGCUAGUGAAAAAUAAGCAAGUAGCAGAAAAGUUUAUAAAAACGAAAAGUCUUAGCGCUAGCUAUCAUCAACAUCUUAAUUGUAACAAAGGCACCAUUUUUGCACCGUUUUUAAACGAUGUGUGA